AUGGUGCAGCGACUUUCCCGAGACGCCAGCUUGCAAUCUUUCAUUGGUGCCAUUGAACGCGAUGGGUGUGUCGUCGUCAAAGACUUUGCCAACUUGUCGGUGAUUAAGGCAGCGAAUGCAGAAGUUCAGUCGUAUCUCGAUGCCUCCCUCGCUGAAUCGGGAAGCACAGUUGGCGCUUUGAAUGGAGGAACUGCUACAUGCACCAGGCUGAUAGGUCGAAGCCAGACAGUGCGAGAAGAGUUCUUCUCCGAUGCCCUUUUUCAGAGCCUUGCCGAUCACUUCAUCGGCCUUGAAAUUGAAAUUUGGUAUGGCGAUGAGCCAAAGGUGCAGCGAUCCGAUCCUCUUCUUUCGAUAUCUAUCACCAUGUCUUCGCAACCUGGAUGCAAAGCGCAAAAGCUUCAUCGUGAUGAUAAAAAUCACCAUGCCAAACAUGUCAAGGCGGAUGAGUAUUCCAAAGGUCGAGACAUGCUCUUGGGUCUUUUUGUUCCCGGGUGCGACACAACUGAGGCGAAUGGUGCAACCCGCAUCGUUCCUGGCUCUCACCUUUGGGGCGAUGAGAAGCCAGAUUUUGGGCCAGACGGGACGAAGGGAGUUGAGAAUGCCGAACUCAGAGUCGGAGAGGCAUUCAUCAUGCUGGGUAGUCUUUAUCAUGGGGCUGGGGGAUAUUCUUUGUUAAAUGGAUGUCGCACCGUACACAUCAUGUUCAUGUGCAGUGGCGUCCACCGUCAAGAGGUAAGCCAGCUCCUCAACUCACUACCUAUAGAUAUUUAUGAAGCGCUUGCCGAGCUAAUAACUUGCAUCAAGGAAAUCCCAUUUCUCAGCUAUCCGAUUGAAGAGGUCAAGACAUACUCGAAACUUGUGCAGGAUCGUUUGGGUUGGAAGCAGUCGGAACCCAAUCUUGGCUGGAUUGAUUUGAAAUCCCCGGAAUUUCUGCUUAAACAGUGA